AUGGGUACGCCAGAGACAUCCAGGGAGCCCUGCCCAGACCGCAUCCUCGACAACAUCGGCGGAGCUUUCGGCAUGGGCGCAGUCGGCGGCUCCGUCUUCCACUUCAUCAAAGGGGUUUACAACUCCCCCGUCGGGACUCGCCUGACCGGCGGAACCCAGGCCGUCCGGAUGAAUGCGCCCCGCGUCCGCGGUAGCUUCGCCGUCUGGGGCGGCCUCUUCUCGGCCUGGGUGGCGCUGACGAGGGCGACGAUGCUGGAGACGAGGGCGAAGCUGAUGCUGAGAAGUGGGGUUUUCGAUGUUGGGGAUGAUUUGACCAAGAAGGCGAUUUUCAAUAGGGCUUCCAUUUGUGGGGAGAAUCAUCAUGAUACGCUUGCAGCGAGGGAGACGUUGAGUAAGCUUGGGAGGUUGAUUGCGAAAGUUCAGACGACGGCCGGUGGUAAUAAUAAUAAUGCUUCUUCCCCGCCGUAG